GUCAUUAUAUAGCGUAAGCAUGUAACGUCAUAACUAUGCGACUAGAACCACAAAACUACCAUGUUACCGGGAGAGGCUGAUGUGUCCCGUGCGUUGGAGCUUCUCCAUAUGACUGUUUACAGCCAGUGCUUUUCUCCUUGUGGUAAGUUCCUGGCAGCCGGGAACAACUUGGGUCAAAUUGCAGUUUUCAGCUUGUCAUCUGCACUGAGCUCCGAGGCCAUAGAGCAGAGCAAGAAGCCUCUGUGUCUCUUCCAAGCACACUCGGGCUCUGUGUACGAUUUGGUUUCCACUGAGCGUCAGUUGAUCAGCGCAGGAGACAACGAGGUGAAGGGAUGGAACUGGAGCGACAUUGUGAAGAAGGGAUGUGUGGCGUCGUGGUGUCGCAGAGCUCCCACUAGAAGCAGUUUAGAGACUCCUGAAAUCAACAGUCUGGUUCUGAACAAGAAGGAUGAGUCUCUCCUCCUUGCUGGGGGAAGCUGCAGGAUUCACUCCAUGGAUCUUGAAACAGGAGCAUUUACACUGAAUCUUGAGGGGCAUGAUGAUUACAUCCAUUGCCUGUCACUGCGUGAGCAGCAGAGCGAGUGCUUGUCUGGGAGUGAGGACGGCACAGUCAGACUGUGGGGUUUGCGGUGGGGGCCCCCUGCUGACUCUCUGGCACCUGCGCUCUGUGACACCAACCACUGUGUUCCCCAUACAGGAGAGCCAGCUUCAAGUUCAGUUCUACCAAGAUAUGAUCUUGUGCGCCGGACAGGCGCCACAUGUAAAUCACUGCCAGAUAAAUGGUGACAUCAGGGCCCAGAUCCCCAGCUCCCUGCGCUGCAUAUACUCGCUGAGUGUCAAUGAGGGGUCCCAGGAGAACAAGGUUCUCACUGUCGCCGGCAGCAGUUCUAAAAUCGAUGUAUUUACCAAUUUCCGAUACAGAGCGUUCUCCCUCACUUUCUCCUGAUUCACUCUGGAAACCUGUGUGUUUUGUAAUAAAUUGUUUUUUUAUUACUAA